AGGUAGCAGUUGUUUCUGUUUCACCAAUCAAUCCUAACAGUGUAGAUGGUGCACCGCUGAACGUGUCUCAUUUUCAAGCCGAAGAAAAAUUGGAUCGCGAAGAGGAACAAAGAAACGCCAUCUGCAAAGCAUACUUUUUCGGACUCCAAAAACAGACACCAACAACAUGGUCAAGUCUCUUGCGCCAUGGCGGCUGCUGGUUGCGGUGAUGCUUCCUGCGGCGGUCGCCUUCACCACCACAUCACCGAAGCAGAAUUACCCGACAACAUCUAGAAUAGGAGGCUCGCCAUUGUAUGCAGCGAAGCAAGCAACCAAGGCAGCAGCGGACGUCGUAACUGAAGCGGUCUCCUCAACUCCAGAUCCCGCGGCGUCUCUAUCGGCCUCCUGGAACGAUCUGACCAGCAAAUUGACUGCCGGUAGCGGUACCGAGUCUGUUUCUGUGAAUCCACAGGAAGCCUUUGCGACAAUAGUGAAAGCCCUGGAUUCAUUGUUGCAACAAAGCCUGACCAAGAUGGACGCCCUCUUGCAGCAAAUCAACGAAGCCUUCGUCGGACUCUUGUCGUCUCUCGCCAAGACAGACGGAGCUAGCGGGGGCAGCCCCUUGGCGGCCCUUGAACCCCUCCUGGCGAAGAUCAAGGAAGGCGCUGCUGGCUUGGGGAUUUCGAGCGAAGACAUUACGAAACUAGCUGACCUCGUUGAAACCUCCGCCGGUGCGCUGAACACACCAGAAACUAUCGCAGCAACGACCGUGAUUUCCUAUGUAGUGGUAAAUGCCCUUCUCACGUGGGGUGAAUCUCCUCCGCCGGGAAAGCCGUACCCCAUAGGGAAGUACGAUCCGGUAGGGGCCCGUAUCUACUUUGACCGCAGACCUUUGCAGGUUGCGGCCCGGGCCCUCACGAUUGCGUCCAAAUCGCUGGCCUUCGCCCUGGCGCUGGUACAGGACAAGCUCCGUGGAGACGAGACGUGGACCUCGAACCAGGAGCAGCGCGGACUCGAAUUGGCGCAGCUUCUGACAGAGCUGGGACCCACAUUUAUCAAAAGUGAGUAUGGCUUGCGUUUGGUAUCGCGGAGUUUUUUUGGGGGACCUGUUCCGUGAUAAGGGAAGGUAAACUUGCUCGACGCCUUAGCUGGUGUUUUUUGACACAUUUUUAUUCCGCUAAUUCGUGUAUCUUUUUCUGCGUUUCAUUAUUUUGAUUGAUGCAAUGGCAGUCGGACAAUCCCUGUCGAUCCGAACCGACCUGUUGUCACCAGCCUACAUUCGCGGUCUCUCUAGCUUGCAGGAUCGUGUUCCAGCAUUUGACACGGCAACGGCGAAGCUCAUUUUGGAAGAAGAAUGGGGGGUCCCUGUGGACCAGGUUUUGGAGGGGGGACUUUCCGAAACCGCAUCUCCGGUUGCGGCUGCCUCCCUUGGUCAGGUCUACAAGGCCAAGCUCAAGGGUAGCGGCAAGGAGGUGGCCAUCAAGGUUCAACGACCAAAGAUUACCAAUCAGAUUGCACUCGAUAUGCACUUGCUGCGUGAGGCGGCCCCAAUCGCAAGGAGAACAUUCAACUUGAACACUGACACGGAAGGAACUGUCGACGCCUGGGGUGCUGGGUUUGUCGAUGAAUUGGAUUAUUUGCAAGAGGCCAGUAACGGUCAGUACUUCAUGGAACAACUUCAGAACACAUCGCUGAAGGAUGUAGUCUUGGCGCCCACUGUAGUUGACGAAUUCACGUCCGGUAAAGUCUUGGUUACGGAAUGGAUAGACGGAGAACGUCUCGACCGAUCAAGUCAGGCAGACGUGACCAUUUUAUGUUCGAUCUGUAUGAACACCUAUCUGACUAUGUUGUUGGAGAUGGGAUUGCUACAUUGCGAUCCUCACCCAGGAAAUCUUCUUCGUACCCCCGAUGGAAAGCUGUGCAUCCUUGACUGGGGAAUGGUAACGAGCAUCCCUCCCCAACUGCAAUUGACACUUAUCGAGCACAUGGCUCACUUGACCAGCCGAGAUUACGCCGAAGUUCCUAGAGAUUUGUAUCUACUUGGGUUCGUCCCAGCUGACAAGGAACAGGUUAUUGAAGACAGCGGAGUUGUGGAUGUAUUGGCCGACAUUUAUGGACAAUGGACAGAUGGUGGUGGGAUGGCAUCUAUCAAUGCCAAUGAGGUCUUAAGUCAGAUGCAAGAUCUAGCUUCGACACGAGGAAAUCUAUUCCAGAUCCCGCCAUACUUCGCUUACAUCGCCAAGUCGUUUUCCGUCCUCGAGGGCAUCGGGUUGUCGAACGACGCCAAAUACAGUAUCAUCGAGGAAUGUCUGCCGUACGUCAGCAACCGGUUGUUGACUGAUCAAGUAUCUAUGGGUAACGCCCUGAACACAUUUAUUUUUGGACCCGAUAAGUACAACAUUGACACCAGACUGGUUGAUCCAGAUCGCAUCGAGCAACUGGUGAGUGGAUUUGGUGACUUCGCAUCUACUACCGCAUCUGGUGCUCUUUCAACCCCAACAGGCGAAAAAAGCGAAGUCGGAGCCAACUCCACGACAACCUCCGUUGAUCAGCUCGAACAAGUUGCAGAUCAAGUGCUUGAUGUGCUAUUGACCGAAGAAGAAACUCCCCUCCAAAAGAUCUUGAUUGAACAAGUCGCAAAAAUAUUAGCGGCAAACACCAGAUCCUUGUGGACAGAGGCCAGAUUAAGGUCCGGGGUACUGCCUAGCGGUCGAACAGUCCUCGGAAGUCUCGUUGAUCCGUUGGGAUUGUUCCAAACAUCCCCUCUAGUCAACAAGAAUGAACAAGACGAACGGGCUGUUAAGACGACGGAAGAACUCGUUACUCUUUUGUCCAAAAUUCAAAGCAAGGGUGACAACAGUGGAAUUGAUAUCCAGUCGCUUAACAACGAAGAGUUAAUCGUCUUAUCUCGUGUUCUCAGUACCAAGUUGUGGGAACGCCGGACAGCACUCAUCAAAUCAUCGAAUAGAUUUGUGAAUCAGAUGCUUCAGCUAACAGCCAUUCGGUUAGAAUCAGCCGAUCGUGUUCCGGUUGGAGAACGAACGCCGACGGUUGGCGUUCCGUCGGAAACAACAUCGGAGUCAGCCAAUGAUGCCAGCGACAGCGAUUCGUCGUCUUCUCCUUUUUCGAGUCCCUCGAGAUCGCAAGCAUCGAAUCCUUCGCCACGAUUGCAGCAAGCCCGAGAUCGACUAAAUUCAUUGACCUCACAAUAAUUUUUUACACGAUUAGAAUACAUUACGACUUUUUCA